GCUCCACUCCAAGCCACGCCUCAGACUCCGCCCCAGGCCUCGCCCACGCCCCCGCUGCCGGCCCCUGGCGUUUCUGGGCUGCUUUCUCCGGUCGCCAUGUCGCUGCUUGGUUGGGUGUCCUUUGCUCCAGGCCGAUGUCCUCGGCGGUUUUUCAGUUAUGGAACGAAAAUAUUGUAUCAAAACAGUGAGGCUUUUCAGUCUAAGUUCUUUCCACCCCUUCAAAAAGCGAUGCUACCACCGAACAGUUUCCAAGGCAAAGUGGCAUUCAUUACCGGGGGAGGCACUGGCCUGGGAAAAGGAAUGACCACUCUCCUGUCCAGCCUGGGUGCACAGUGUGUGAUCGCCAGCCGAAAGAUUGAUGUUUUGAAAACUACUGCAGAACAGAUUUCUUCUCAAACUGGAAAUAAGGUUCAUGCAGUCCAGUGUGACGUGAGGGACCCCGACAGGGUUCACAGCGCAGUGUCUGAGCUGAUCAGCAUCGCGGGGCUUCCCGAUAUCGUGAUAAACAAUGCAGCAGGAAAUUUUAUUUCUCCCACCGAAAGACUGUCUUCCAACGCGUGGAAGACCAUAACCGACAUAGUGCUGAAUGGCACGGCCUUCGUGACACUGGAAAUUGGAAAGCAACUAAUUAAAGCACAGAAAGGGGCAGCAUUCCUUGCUAUCACCACCAUCUACGCUGAGAGUGGGUCGGGCUUUGUAGUACCCAGUGCUUCUGCCAAAGCAGGAGUGGAAGCCCUGAACAAGUCUCUUGCCGCUGAGUGGGGUAAAUAUGGAAUACGAUUCAAUGUGAUCCAACCAGGGCCCAUAAAAACCAAAGGUGCCUUUAGCCGUCUUGACCCAACUGGAGCAUUUGAGAAAGAAAUGAUCGACCGAAUCCCCUGUGGUCGGCUGGGAACUGUGGAAGAACUUGCAAAUCUUGCUGCUUUCCUGUGUAGCGAUUAUGCUUCUUGGAUUAAUGGAGCAGUCAUUAGAUUUGAUGGUGGAGAGGAAGUAUUUAUUUCGGGUGAAUUCAACUCUCUGAAGAAGGUCACCAAGGAACAGUGGGACACCAUAGAAGGACUGAUCAGGAAGACAAAAGGCUCCUAAGAUCCUCUGGCCUUCAUCUUGGUUACCAUGGAAAUGACACAGACUGUCUCUAUCUUUUGAUUAUUUUCAAGUCUAAUAAAUUGUUAAUUAACAAUCAUUCA